GUUAUUUUUCUUGGUGGAACAUCUGACAUUUCAAAUUGGUAAAAACUGAUUGAUUUUAGGUUAUUAAAAAAUCUUAAAUAUAUCCUGUUUGGCAGAUUUGUUUGUGAAAUCUCCUCUAACAGACUGUUAAAGCAGUCAUGUGUGGAUCAUUCUGAGAAGACAAGCUGUUGUUCCAGUGGUUUUCAAUCCAACAAUUGUGCUGUAGAACACUGACCUUGAAAAGCAGAACAUCAGUGGUGGCCUUUACAUGGAUCUUGUUCUGUCUAAGCCUCUUGCAGACUGAAUGCCAUGGCCACAGGGCUUUUAGGGAUUUGUGCCACCUCCACAAAAGCAAAUGCUGUAGUAUGAUAAGACAUGGCUGCUCUCAACUAAACGUGGGUGUCACAUCUGGCAGGAGGGUAUAAAUGUCCAUGUGAGUGGAGGUGAAGUGAUUUUGUCUCAGCAAAACUCCAGCAGGUAAGACUGAUAUGGACUUUAUAUUGUAGUGUAGUUUGACUUCUGUUUGAAUGUGUUUGUUAGUUGCUUUGCCCAAACCAAAUCUAUAUAGACAAGUUUAUUCAUUCUAGUUUUUCACGUUUCAACUUUUUGUUCAUGUUUUCCUGUGCUCUGGGUUAGCUUACACUUUUAAUGGUGAUUUUCUUUUUUAUUUUUUUAUUUAUUAAGCAGUAAAUCACUAUAACCCCAAGAUGGACACAACAUGCAGCGCUAUUACUUUAUCCACUGCAGUACCUGUAUUUGAUUAGCCACACACUUUCGCAUUGAUUCACAGAUGAGGAUGCGCUUCGUUGUUAUGGUGAUGCUGUUGCCAGCGCUGAUGAGGGCAGGAUCAGAAUGCAGGUCCAGCUGUCGCCUUACCAAUAUCUCCAUUACCAUGGAAAGUGAGGAAUGUGGCAGCUGCAUCACAAUUGACACCACAGCCUGUGCCGGGUUUUGCACAACACAGGACAGAGUUUACCGUAGCCCCAUGAUGCAGAACUACCAGAACACCUGUAACAUCAUAGAAUGGACCUACAACACGUAUGAGUUUAAACGCUGCCCUCCCGGGAUUGACUCGGUUUUCACGUACCCUGUGGCCCUCAGCUGUGAGUGCAGCAAGUGUAACUCUGACAUCGCAGACUGUGGAGCUCUCAGCCAGCAGACAUCCAGCUGCACUGUACAUUAGACAAGGAAACCAAACCAUUUGAAAGCCUGUCGUACAAUUUUGAAUAUUUAGUUUUUCUUAAUUAAAUGUAAAUUGCAUUAUGGAAAUU